AUGGCCUCCACAACCUCCGCCGCAACGUCGGCAACCUCCUCUGCGGCGUCCGCUACGUCCUCCGCCGCCUCUUUCACUGUGCCCGGAAGCCUCAAGAUCGUUGGCAUUAUUCUCGCAAUAUUCAGCGGUACUCUCAUCGGUUCAAGUUUCGUCUUCAAGAAGAAGGGGCUUCUCCAAUCACAGAAGGGCAGGGUAGCUGGUGAGGGGGUGGCAUAUUUGAAGUCGCCACUGUGGUGGGUAGGCAUGACAAUGAUGAUCUUUGGCGAAAUUUGCAAUUUUGUCGCAUACGCCUUUGUAGAGGCGAUUGUUGUAACGCCUAUGGGGGCGCUCUCGGUCGUUAUCAGCGCAAUACUCUCCUCAAUAUUCCUGAAGGAAAAGCUGAGCUUCUUCGGCUGGCUAGGCUGCGCUCUAUGUAUUCUGGGCUCAAUUAUCAUCGCUCUCAAUGGUCCUCAAGAACCGUCUGUUGGCCAAAUCACACAAUUUCAGAAACUAUUUCUCGCGCCUGGCUUCCUAGCCUACGGCUCCGUCCUCAUUGUCUCCGCGAUUGUCAUUGUAUUCUUCUUUGCCCCACGCUACGGCAAGAAGAGCAUGAUAUGGUACAUCAUGGUGUGCAGUAUGAUCGGCGGUAUCAGCGUCAGCGUCACUACCGGACUUGGUUCGGCUAUCGUGACUAGUGUGAUGGGCGACAACCAGUUCAAACAUUGGUUCAUCUAUUUCCUGAUGGUCUUUGUUGCUGUAACAUUAAUCACCGAAGUAUAUUACCUGAACGUGGCGCUGGCGCUCUUUAACACAGCGAUGGUCACCCCGACAUAUUAUGUGAUAUUCACCUUCUUCUCCAUGCUCACGACGAUCGUGCUCUUCCAGGGCCUGAAAGCCCCCGUAUCCCAGAUCAUCACGCUCGUCCUUGGCUUCUUAGUAAUCUGCUUCGGGAUUACGAUCCUCCAGCUCUCGAAAAUUGAUCCGACGCAGAUCAAGCAGCUCGACCGGCGCUCCACGAUGCUCCUCCAAGCGGCCAAGAACAACACUGCGGGCAUCGACGAGAAGGAUCUCUCUGCUAUCGAGGACCCAGGUAUCGACGCGCUGCGCGGCGGGUUUGGCAUGGUGGGCAGCAUCAUCCGCGCCCGCAGUGCACGCCGGAUGAGUAUGUCGAGUGGCACGGUGAGCUCAAUCCAUUCGCGGUACAGCGCGAUGCCGCCGCUACCCGCGCUGCCCUCGCACAUGAGCUACGGGCAAGACUCGCUUGCGGGCUUGAAGCGCCACCAGUUGUGGGACCCGCCGAUGCCCUCGGCCCUACCGGAGGUUGCGGUGUCUGACGCGGACUCGGACUUCUUGUCUGUAGCGGGCACGACAUCGCCCCUCCCGAGUUCACGGAAACAGAACGUGGUCAAGUUCGAUAGUCAGGAUGUCGUGCAUCAAUACCACACACCAGGCCUUGGCGAUAACACUGCGACGCACGAGAUCCGCCGUGCCUCGCACAACACCGGCACGCCCUCGUAUGAUACUGAUGCGAAGUCCUCGCCAGACGUCCAAGUGCUGACCCUGCCAAACUUGCAGUCGCACACCACCGACGAUUUCAGCGAGGAGUCCGAGCUGGAACCGCGCACCGCGCCACCUGCGCUCGGCAGCUACGCCGGCGCCUACCAGCCUCCACCUCCCUUCGACCCCUUCGAGAACUCGCCGUCUACAGCUAGCGUAGCAUCUUUCGCGCGAUCACCCGUCGACGACGGCGCGGACCCUGAGCCCGUGCACCAGACCCGCCCGCUACACCUGUGGGGGCGCUCGCAGCACGGGCGUCGAUAUCCACCCGGGCAGGUCGACGACGACCGCGAGCAAAGCCGGAGUCUGUGGUCCGAGUCAGAGGAUGAGGAGGAGGCGGCGGGCACUCGUCAUGGUGGCAUCCGCCUCGUCUCUUCCGCGCGGCAUUGA